AGAGAGAGGGAGCAGCUAUUUUGAAAGUGACCCCCUCGGUCAGUGUGUGUCUGUGUGUGUGUCCGUGUGAGAGGGACAGAGACGCUGCAGCUGUCAGGAACUAUGACUGAAGAUGACGGAUUCAGUUGUCGUGGAGGGAUACGCCAGACUCCGGGAUGGAAAAAAGUGGAAAACCAGGUGGCUCGUUCUACGGAAGCCGUCACCGGUAGCAGACUGCCUCGUGCUGCUGGUUUUUAAAGACAAGUCCGACAAAGCGCAGGGCAACAAGGAGAGAGCCAGUGUCACCUUGGAGGAGAUCUGUGGCCUGGAGGCAGGACAGUGGUAUGAGGGCGUUGCUUUCACUCUGGGCAUCCUCUGCCUGAACCAGGCCGCUCUACUGGGCUUCGACAGCCGGGAGACGCUGCAGGCGUGGGACGUCCGCCUCCAGUACAGCCUCGGAGAGGUUCACAGAUUCAGUGUUGGAGUGUUACCAGGGACCAAGCUGGAGAGCGGACCUGCAACUCUUCAUCUGUGCAACAACCUGCUGGCUCUGGCCCGGGACGUCCCCCCGGUGAUCAUCGGCCACUGGAACCUUCCAGACCUGCGCCGCUAUGGACCUGUACCCCACGGAUUCGUGUUCGAGGGGGGGACGAGAUGUGGAUACUGGGCCGGUGUUUUCCUGCUGGCGUCUGCCGAGAGCGAGCAGAUCAGCUUUCUGUUCGACUGCAUCGUCCGGGGCAUCUCCCCCAACAGAGGCCCUUUUGGACUGCGGCCCGUUUUGCCAGAUACCAGUGGCAGUCAGACCAGCGUGGAGGAGAAGUUGAACCAGGACACUCAGGAGCUGGAGAAGCGACUGAGCAUGCUCUCUCACAGGAGCAGCACAGCCUUGUCCACGUUCUGCCCGUCAGCUGGAGGAGACGACCGCAGCAUAUCCGGUUCCUCCGACACUUCUGACACCAGCCAAUCGGACUGCAGCAUCGGCAGCCGGCUGACCAUUUGGACCGAGCCGAUCUCUCCCCCGACGGAAAACGUCAGCCAUGCUGCCCCCAAAGUGGCGCUGCAGAGCAUGGAGAAGCUCUCAGUCAGCCAGGGGGCUGGAAGUCGGCCUCCAGCCAAACCCCCUCGGCAGCUCCAGGAAAUCGGCCGUCAGAGUUCGUCUGACAGCGGUAUCGCCACCGGCAGCCAUUCCUCCUACUCUGGAAGUUUCUCCUCCUACACAGGCAGCCUGGACAUCACCUCCGGGGAAGACUUUGGCUCUGUUUUCAAUUUGCCUCCCCACUUGACUCAAGACCUGAGUCCCUGUUCUUGCCCCAGUGCCCCUGGACACGAGUACCAGGUACCGACGUCACUCAGGUACCUGCACGACUCCCCCAGGAAUCUUCUACAGGAGGGAAACGUGGGCGCCAAAGACGAGGAACCCUCCACCCCAACUCAAGACUCUUCUGAAGAGCCGUCCCAGGGGGAUAAAAGCAACGUCACGACUUGUGAGCGUGACUCGGAAACUACUGACAAACAAUCGAUGAGCCAACACUCACAGGACCCCUCAGAGGAGAGCAAGAACAAGAUGGUGGCCUCCAGUGAACAUCCGGACUCCUGCCACAUCUGCAGCUCCGUCACAUCUGUCUCCAAAACCAUCGUGGCCAUCUGCUCAGUGUGCGGUGGCUUUAAGGGGACACCGUGCAUUCCGGCAAGUGGUUCAGUGACAGCUGCCGUAACAGAUCAAAGUGUUGACAAAUCAGCGUGCAGAGCCGGCGCUGCCUCAGAACUCGGCAUUACAGCCAAGGCGGAUCAGGAGAAACAGCAAGUCUCCUCCGGCUCUGGAGGCUUCCUUGGGGCGAGCGAGGAGUCGCCACUGCCAAUAAAAGGGAGAGAGAGGUUAUCCAGUCUCCUGGCGGAUCUGUUGGGCUUUCCAGGCAUGGACCGGCAGCCAGAGGCAAAGAUUCAGAAAACCAGACUGAACCUGUAUGAAUCGAUGAGCCCUGCUUUUGGAAACGAGCUCAAACCGGCACCAAGUGGAAGCUGCACACAAGAUCCACAGCAGAAAGCCCGAGACGUCAUUUACGAGAACUGUCUGAAGUGUCGGAGCGAGCACUGCCACCCUCUUCCCCGAGUCGUCCCCGCUGACAUGUUCCGCUUCAGGAGCGUCCCCACGUUCCCAAGCUCUCCCUCAGGGCCGCACCUGAGGAGAAGCCAGGAACAGGAAGCGGCUGCUGACGACACGGCGCUCCAUCAAGGUCACGCUGAUGGAUCACGCAGCGUGGACGGGCUCUGUGAUUAUGAGGAGAUGAAUGGUCGCUCAGUGGCCACUGAAGACAAAAGGCUCAAUAGCAGAGAGGAGCGACGCCGAGCUGAUCCUGCUUAUGCGAUUAUGGAGAAUCGGGCGCCGGAGAGGAACUCAGAGGCUGGGGAAAAGAAGUACGAGUUAAUGGGCAUCUGUGGUCAGCAGAGGUUCCAUCAAGAGACGGAAGUGUUUGUUUUCCCCCCGGAGACACUCCUCCCCGAGCGGCCCUGCAGUGAAGGUGUGACCUAUGUGAAUAUUCCCGUUAGUCCCACAUCGAAGAAGCAACUCAACUACAUGGAGCUGGAGCUGCAGGAGCCAGGGCCCGGCUCCCGAGGGCCCGUCACACAUCUACCAGCUCAGAGGAAGAGCUCCACCAAGUACGCACACAUUGACAUCACUGCCACGGAGACGGCCCACAAGGUGGGAACGCAGCACGCUCUGGGUCGGCAGGAGGGCCUGCACACUCUGGAGCUGAGAAGGAAAGGGACGCCACAUUGACUCCUUCACCGCUGAGCUGUUGAUCCCAGCAGGACCUUUCUGCCAGAGAACGGCUCACCACGUCGAAUUAUUCAAGAAGUGUGACUCUGAGGGUUUUUAUGUUCGGUCUUCACUGUUCAAUCCGAAGAUCCUGAGAAUUAACUGGAGUCAAAUCGAGUGGAAAUAGCAGAGGAAGCAAUCCAGCACAUUUUUUGGGGGUAGUUGCUUCAAAUGCCAUCUGUACAAUUUCUUCUGUAUUCACAAGGCGAUAGAAAGAUGGAGCCUGCUCUGAAAGGGCUGACACAGGAGCAACGUUUCAAUCCCGGUCUCCCUCGGGGACUCGGACAUCUCAUUAAGUGGCAUUAUGUCAGCGCCAGAGCCUCGGGCAAACUUGGAAGGAGUGCGAGUCCUGAGCUGAGUCACCGGCCCUGAUAAACCCCCCCUGAGGCCUUUCACAGUGUCCUCAGACCAUCACCAAUAACACACAGUACGCUGUUCUUCUUCUUGUUUGGGAGAACAAGGGAAGCUGGUGGCAGCAGAGAUGUUUGUCUCAUUAGGAGUUCACGCUCACCUAUUCCUCAGUAAUAACCCAGUCUUACUCAGAAAGCUGCACAUUCAGUCUAGUUCACAAAGAUUAAAGUUAGACCCGGCUAAUUACCGGCUCUGCCUAACUUCCAUGUUCUUUUUUGCCAGAGUGUAACGAAUGGAUUUGUUUUUACCACAUGAACAGAAUAUCAAUGCUGCUACUGAGCUUUUUUCUGCCUUCAGUGCAUAUUGACUCAUUUCUAGACUCAGAAUUACUGUGGGAAAAAAAGUCUUCAUAAAUAAUGAAAGCCUAGCGGAUGGGGAUGUCUCUCGAAAUUUGAAAUUACUCAAAAAACGACUGUUUGCCACUUUUGCUUAUCGUGUUUCUAAACUAUGCAGUUAACAUUUUUUUAUAACGAUUUUACUGGGGUUAAAAUAUCAUCCUUUUUAAUAAUAUUCCUUUUUUUCCUGUGCACCGAGGAAUUUUCAAAUGAAAUUUCAUUAAUGAAGACGUAAUUUGGUUUGGUUGUUUUUCUCUCCUAAUCUAUUUUGACAUUUGUAAAUAUGUUAUUUCUAUUUAGCUGAUUUAGAUUGUACAUUGCGAAAUAUACAUAAGACAAUGUAUGUACAGUAAAGAUGUAAGGCGAUAUUUUUUUCCUGUAAAUUAUUUGUAACUUUAACUACCGCUUGGAUGUGUGUUCAGUUGUAAACCAGUAUAAGGUACCAAAUAAA